AUGGAACUACUUCCAGCUGCACUACGAAGCAAGCAGAACGAGAUGUUUGCCAGAAUGAAGAAGUGUGCAACGAAGGAACAUUUUUGUGCUUUGUAUUUGGAGGAUCGCCUUUGGAGGAGGAUAGUUGGUGGGUCGCAGGAGGAGAUGGACAAAUGCUUCGAAUUAUUAAACGAGCAGUCUGAGUACAUAAAGUUCACCCGGGAGAAACCGAGAGAAAACUGGCCUCUGUUUUUGGACGCCAAAUAA